CGGUGUUUCUCGAGGACUGCCAGAAGGCAUGGGGAAAGACGUUCCCAGUCUGGCCCAUGGGUGCUACCUGCGACGCGAUUACGGGGUUCACCUAUGACGCUUCAGGCAUGAUUACCUCGAUAUGUUUGUCGGAUACAACUCUUAAUGGGUCUAUUCCUGACAGCAUCUCGUCUCUCACUUCACUGAGUACACUAGUCAUGUCCCGUUGUGAGCUCCAAGGGUCGAUUCCGGCAGGAAUUUCAAGCCUCGUUUCAUUGGAGUACCUAAAUGUGACGGAGAAUCAGCUCACCGGAUCUAUUCCAGCUGCAAUUGGAAAGCUCACCAAUCUGACCUAUCUAUCUUUAAGAAGGAACGCAUUGGAUGGCUCAAUUCCUGAUAGCAUCGCAUUUCUGAGAAGACUAGAUUUUCUGUCUCUUGCAAACAACAGCUUGACGGGCUCCAUUCCCAACAACAUCUCCAACCUUUCUCUGCUCGCUUAUCUGUCUCUUGCAAGAAACAAUCUGACGGGCCCCAUUCCUGACAGCAUCUCCAAGCUUGAUCUGCUUACUCAACUGGGUCUUGCAACCAACAAUUUGAUGGGCCCCAUUCCCAACAGCAUCUCCAAGCUUUCUUUGCUCACUUGGCUAAAUCUCUCAUCCAAUUCCCUCAGUGGCCCCAUAGACUGCGUCUUCGACGACGUCCCCCGUAAUCGCCUCGUUUAUAUAAAUCUCGCUUCUAAUAAUUUUAAUGGGUACAUUCCAGCUACUAUUGGAAACCGAAGUUCAUUGCAGUACUUGUCUCUUUCAAACAACAACUUGACGGGUCACAUUCCCAAUGAAAUCUCCAUCCUUUCCCAGCUCACUUAUUUGUCUCUUUCAAACAACAAUUUGACGGAUCCCAUUCCCAAUGGCAUCUCCAAGCUUUCUUGGCUCACUCAUCUGGAUAUACACGGGAAUCGCUUGGAUGGAUCUAUUCCAUCCUUUCUCAGCUCCUUGAUCAACCUGGUGACCCUGGAUCUCUCAUCCAAUCUCCUCACUGGCAACAUAUUCAGCGACUCUGUUGCCCUUGAUCGCCUCACCUAUCUAAACCUCUCUGCUAAUGAUCUCAGCGGGGAGAUUCCAGCUGAAAUUGGAGGUCUCACCUCAUUACAGUACUUCGACAUCUCUGGCACCAACCUCGUAUGCCCACCUGAUUACUCUGCUUGUGGCACAACACAAUCUCCUAACACAUCCUUUUGUGGCACGUGUGAAUCCUUCUGCAAGACUUGCAAGCAAUCUGCAGGUGGAGUGUCAGUGGGAGUCAUCAUUGGCAUUGUUGUUGCUGCUGUGGUCACUCUCCUGCUUCUGGCCGCCACUCUGCUUUACUUCAGGCACAAGAUAAAGCUGAGGCAAAAAGGCUCGGGGAGCAGCCUGUCAGCCUCGCACUGCACUGAAUUCUCACUAGCAGAUGUUCUCAAGGCCACCAAUAACUGGUCCGAGGACAACCAGCUGGGUGCGGGUGCCUUUGGCGAUGUGUACAAGGGCGUGUCUCCCCGCGAUGGCACCACCUUGUGGGCUGUCAAGCGUGCCAAGCUGAUCGACGUGGAGUUUCAGAAGGAGAUCCAGCAGAUGGCUGACAAGAACCAUCCCAACAUUGUGAAACUUCUUGGCUUUGCAAUCGGUGGAGACUUGAGGACUCGGCCUGAGCAAGUCCUCAUCUAUGAAUACGUGCCCAAUGGCGACCUUCACAAAUGGAUUGGCCCAAAGGCAGAACGCCCUCUGACUCUGAAGCAGCGGCUGGACAUUCUCAUCGGCAUGGCGCGGGGCUUCGAGUACCUCCACGGCUUUGGCAUCGUGCAUCGCGACAUCAAGCCUGCCAACGUCCUCAUCACUGACAGCAUGCAGGCAAAGAUUGCGGACUUUGGGCUGCUGAGGAUGGGGGAGGGCACAACUGUGAACACGACGCGCAUCAUGGGCACACCGGGCUAUGUGGAUCCGGUCUACUCCAUCACCUCCAAGGCCACUGCUGCCAGCGAUGUGUACAG